AUGGAUGCUAGAGAAGCGAUGUCUUUACGACUAACUAGCGAACCAUUCCUUCUUGGUACUCUUGACGCGAUCAGGGCCAGGACUAAAUGUCCUCUAUGCAGCCUGGUCUCUUCCACCAUCCCCCAAGAAUCACUUGUGGGGAUACCAGAAAAGGAAACGACUUGCCAUCUCAUCUGGGAGCUUGACGGACGAUACCGUGACUCACGGAGGCCACAGACACGACGGCUUCGUAUCCGCUGGAGCGAAAAGCGCUUUAGAGCCCACGAGGCCUACCUAGUCUUGAGUGCUCCAAGCAAGUACGACAAGUCUGAUCUCGAUUAUCCUAGUCUUCUCAACGACGAAACUCAGUUUCUGGGUCGGCGUAUUGGCCCUACAGUCAAUAAAACGAACCUUAUCCGGGAAUUCUUAAGGCUGUGCGAAAACAGCCACGAUGCGUGUUGUACCAGGCAACUCGGCAUCGAAGACCACUUUGCUGACACCCUUAGCCAGCCCUACUUCGGAGUCAUCGAUAUUCGAAAUGAGAGUCUUGUACCACUCCCAACAUCUUGGGAAAAUAAUCGACUGAAGAUCGAAUCCUACGCCACCGUCAGCUAUGUCUGGGGUAAGAGCCGAGACCAUAGAACAACGUUGGCCAAUAUCCAAGAUCGGCGGAAAUCGGGCGGUCUAGCUGAUACAAUCUCGAUGUUCCCUAAGGCGCUUCGGCAGAGCGUCAGACUUGUGAGCAGAUUGGGGAUCAGGUAUAUAUGGAUUGAUUGCAUAUGCAUCAUCCAAGACAGCAGUCAUAGCUGGAAUCUCAACGCUCGCGCUAUGCACUUGAUCUAUGGCAAUUCGACCUUGACUAUUUGUGCGGCAGACGGAGAGAAUGCGGAGACAGGACUGUUGGCCAUUGAUAAGAAGCAUAGCACUGAUCAAAAGAUCGCGAAGUGUGCGCCCGACGUCCAUCUUGUGCUGCACUACCCACCAGAGACAAGUAUAGAGACCUCAGUCUGGAACCAACGUGCAUGGACAUUUCAAGAGCGCCUCCUUUCCAGGCGCUGCCUCAUCUUUACGGGCGGACAGGUUUACUUCCAGUGUCGUUCAACAAGCAUGUCUGAGGACAUAUUCGCGGACAAAAAGGGCGAAGGAUGGUCUUUGGAUCUCAACGGCGCUCCGUUACAAACACUGACGCAGCUGAGUCAUAGGGGAUUGUGGUUCUAUUGCAAUUGCGUGCGUCUAUACACAAAUCGGAGCCUCUACGAACCUUUCGAUAUCCUGGCUGCAUUCAGCGGAAUGUGUCGGCUAAUGGAGGAAACCUUCCGGUCGCCUUUUAUUUUCGGCCUACCCACAUCGCACUUCGAUUUUGCGCUCUUGUGGGUACCAAGCGGUCGAUCGCAAACAUUAAAGAAGCCUGUAUCUCGCGAAGAAAUGUACAAGAAUAUGAAGUUUCCAAGUUGGUCGUGGUGCGGCUGGAAAAGCGAUAACGGUAUCAAAUAUGAGCACCAAUUCGUCGAGGGCUGCGUGGCUGAUAUUUGCGCCUGGCUGAAGGAUCAUACAUGGAUUGAUUGGCAUGUCCGUGAUGGAUAUGGAACGCCACAACGUCUAUGGGAUAAGGACUGGGCAUCGGAGGACGCGAGCGCCGAUGGGAGAUGGAAGGGAUAUGCUGGACCAGACCACGACUCGCAACUCGAAGAUAAGAGUGAUGAUUCUUCUGUUGAUUCCUCAUCUGAUGAUAGCGAUGAUUCAAAACAAGAGGGUUCCCAGAUAUUGCCUUCUGAAACCCAGCGCCAUGUCUACAGCGAUAAAGUCACAACAACUUUUGGAUACGACCACCGCAGGCAAUCGACUCGAUUUCACAUUAGGGAGGAUGCAAGGUCCCGGAGACGCAGCCCACCUGUACCUCGACCCGAUAGGCCAGCGUUAGACCCCUUUGGCCGACCAGUUGAAAGCAGAGCCCUGGCUCGUACCAAAGUCUUCUCCGAGACGGGCGUCGAGUUCUUACCCAAGACAAACUUCGUGUUGACCUUGCCGGAGUAUCCAUUCCACGUUCCUCCUGCCGAAUCAAAAUGUCGCAAUGGCUCUCACAGAGAGUUUCCGGAUCUGCCCAUUUUGCAGUUUUUUACUUGGUGGAGCCAGUUCUACGUUAUAGACAUUUCUUCAGAAGAGGUUACGGACACUGCUGAUCAGGGAUUGCUUAACGGGGUACCAAGCCAAAAGGAGAUCGAUGACGGGAACAGUGAUACGGACGGCGGAAAACCCUGUCGAUGCCAUAUCAUUGAUCAGCACGGUGAUAAGUGUGGAAGUAUUCUUUUGGACUCGCAGUGGUUGAAGAAACAAACGAUAUCAAAGUUCGAAUUCAUAGCUAUUUCGGAGGCCAAGACAUUUACACCGGAGGAGAUGCCGGAUUGGACGUACUACAUUCCGAAGGAGAGGAUAGAUUCGGAGUGGGACGUGUACUUCGUCCUCUUGGUUGAACAUUAUCCAAAGGAAGGACUUUGGAGAAGAGUCGCGUUGGGGAAAGUAUUCCAGGCUGCCUUUGAUCAAUCAUUGUGCUGGAAGGAAAUCAUUCUUGGAUAAUAUCCGGAUUCCGAAGUUGGUUACAAGUGGUUAAGCAACUCAAACUUCAUCGUUUGUUAGCAGAUUUAACAUUUUCUGUUCGUGAAUAUUCUUUCGUUCUCAUUGCUGUACUAACUAUCCAGUCUUGGAACACCUUCCAUAUAGAAGCCUGCAAUUUAACCAGUGCAUUUACUGUCC